AUGCGUGAUCGUAACGCUAAUGACGCCGAAGGGAAUAAGUCUAUCAAUACAGAGCAAUUAGAAAGUAUUAUUAUAAACGAUUGGGAUAACAGCUUAUUGCCUAAUAUCACAAUAGCCUCUUGUGAUGCAGAACCCAUCAGUAAUAAAGGUCAAAAUAUGCGAACGAUUGAUAAAUUGCAUACUACGAACAAUGGGAUUAUUCCAAUCAAGGUGAACAAUGGGGGUGAGUGCAAUGUAAACGAGGGCGAGACUAAUGACCCUGUUAUCCUGGUAAACCCAUUAAACCUCAUUGAAACUGAUAAUGACAAUCUAAAGCAUGAGCAUAAUGUUAAUAAUCCCAUUGUGUCAGCAGAAGUUGCAACCUCUAUUAUAUACGAUAAUAAACAAGUACUGUAA